AUGAGAGGAAAGCGAUCAAAGCAAUAUCGCAAGCUCAUGGAGCAAUUCUCCAUGACGUUUGGCUUCCGCGAACCAUAUCAGAUUCUAGUGGACGCAGAGAUGAUAAAAGAUGCGAACCGAUGCACUAUGGACCUAGAAGCCAGGUUACAGAGCACAGUUCACGGCAAAGUGAAGCCACUGAUUACCCAAUGCGAGAUCCGAAAACUCUACGCUGAGAAAGACCAGCCCGGCGUCAAUGCGGCAAUUGAAUUGGCCAAGACAUUCGAACGAAGACGCUGUGGCCACCACCCCAACGAGUAUCCCAAACCUCUCGAGACCAUGGAGUGCAUGCGGUCUGUCGUGGAUCCCAAGUCAACAGGUGAGAAUAAGCACCGCUACGUUGUCGCAAGCCAGAGUGUGGAUGUACGAAGAAUGCUGCGAGGAAUUAGGGGAGUGCCGUUGAUAUACAUCAAGCGGAGCGUCAUGAUCCUGGAACCCAUGGCGGACCAGAGUGUGCAAAUUCGAGAACGAGAAGAAAAGCGAAAGUUUAGAGCGGAGCUGAAGAAUACCCUGGGCAAGAGGAAACGCGAGGAUAAGGAAGAACGAAAUGGAGGCGAGGAGAAGAAGCCUAAGAAGAACAGAGGCCCCAAAGGGGUGAAUCCACUAUCCAUGAAAAAGAAGAAGCCUCAGCAACUACCAAAGAAGGAGGCCGACAAGAAACCGGAGACUGCAUCAGAUGCACCAGCCAAGCGGAAGCGAAGGAAGAAGACCAAGUCAGACAAUGAGACGACGUCCAGCGGUCCAGAACCGAGCGCAGUGGCUCAGAACAAUGCCGGGGAGGAGAGUUAG